AUGACGAAGAAGAAGAAAAAAAAAAACUCAUCGAAAGGACUCUAUCUAAACGUGAAGAGAAAGAACACACACUAUGGAGAAAACGAACAGGAAGAGUUCGCGGAGGAUAUCUUUGAAAAUGAAAAUUUUGACGAACUACAGUUUGUGGAGGACGAACAUGUGGAAUACAAAACUUAUAAUUCCUUUUCCAAUACAGGAUUAAAACUGUUAAGUAAAUACUCAGUCGAAGAUGGAAAGGGGGGAAUCACCAAAACGAAGAGAAAGAAAAAACGACAAGGACAGGAGGGACAAGAACAAGAGAGCUACAGCAAGUACAAUUUCAACGAUGAGGAACCGUUUAAGGGUAAUCACAACGAGUUCGACUCGGACAUUAUCAAAUUUUUAAAUAGAAAUAAAAAGAGCAUUGAUUAUGACAAACGGAAAGGCCGUCCGUUUCAAAAAGAAGACGCCUACUCUUAUGACGCCACUGAAGGUUAUGGCGGGGAGAGGGGAAAACAGAAACAGCUGCGCGCUGCUCGGGAAGACAAGGAUAACUAUGAAUAUUACCGGGCGGAGAACGCGGACUAUUACGACCGCGAGGAGGAGGAAGGAGAGGAGGGCGAUCAAAGCGGUGGCAGCCAAAGUGGUGGCAGCCAAAGUGGUGACGAUCAAAGUGGUGGCAGCCAAAGUGGUGACGAUCAAAGCGGUGGCAGCCAAAGUAGUGACGACUAUGAUACCAGCGCAGCGCGGUGUAAGUACGAACGAAGCGGCGGCGUAGAUGGAAGUGAUAAAUUUAAAAGGGGUGGAUCAGUGGGACAGGAGGAAGAGGAGGGAGAAGAUGAUGAAGAGGGAGAAGAAGAUGAAGAGGAAGAGGAAGACGAGGAGGACGAAGCAGACGAGGAGGACGAAGAAGACGAGGAGGAAGAAGCAGACGAGGAGGACGAAGCAGACGAGGAGGAUGAAGCAGACGAGGAGGACGAAGCAGACGAUGACGGCGAGAGCAACCACGACCCCCUUGACCGGAAGGAGGUAACCAACACGGAAGACCCAAGCGGCAGACCCCCCCUCGCAAGCGAGUUCAAGUACCGAAACACCCCAGCGGGGGUACACAUCUAUGAUAAAAGGGAAGACGGUCAUUUUGAAAAUGAAGAGAACACGUGGAACGCCACAAAACAUGACUCCACAGCGCGCAUAUACGGAGGUGGAAAAAGGCAUGAAAUAAAACUUGGGCACAGCGGGAGGAGGAAGGAAGAAAACCCAAAAGUAGAGUACCCCGAAAAAACGCAAAAUAAAAAAGCUGUGAAUAUAAACGUAAGCGAAAGUAAUUUAAAAAAAAGUAGCACGUCCUAUGGAAGACAAUACAACGUGCAGAGGAGUGCCAUGGAGGAAAAGUCAUCCCUCAGGAAUGCCUUGAACAUUGGGAACCCUAACCUCAGUAAGGACAAGUACAAAUUUAAUCUCCCUAAUGGGGAAGAUAAGCUAAUUAAGUUUAAUAUAGGUGACCACACGAUCAGCGACGGCAGGAGCAAGCCAAUUCACAAAGAUGAGAGGAUAAACGCACUCGACUACAUUCUUCAUUCGUCAAACCAGAGUGUGCACGCAGGGACCAAUGAUUAUUUUUUAAAAAGAGUGGGGGAAGAAGCAGGUGAAGCAGAAGAAGACUGCACAGAUAGCCACUUGGGCCAAGCGGGGCAAAUACGCCAACCACCCAGGGAAGAAACGCAGAAAACGCAGAAGGAUCCCCACGGGGAAGAGAAAAAAAAAAAUAACAUCAAAAGCUUCCUAGACAAAAUAAAGCACAGGAAAAACAACGAAGAUAUGCUUAAACGGGAACAGAGCAAAUAUGAUAAUGCGGAGAGGAAUGAAAAAAAGGACAAAUUCAAAAUGAAGUUCACGGACAUUCUGCAUGCAGGGACGCUGGGCAAUUUUUUCCACCGCAACAAAAGUAGCGCCGCGAAGUCGUUGUCCCCGCAGCGAGAGAGGGACGCCAGCGUCGAGCCGUGUAUCAAGUCGAACGGCGUGGAGAAGUUCGGAUGGCUCCACCGGGGGAGGUCCGACCCCAGGCGCGACGACGAGCAGCAGCGCAGAGGCGACGAUCAGCAGCAUCACCAACGUGACAACCAGCAGCAGCUCAGAGGCGACGAUCAGCAGCAUCACCAACGCGACGACCGCUUCCCCCUCCAGAAAAAAAAAACACUCGCCCAGGCGUCCAUGAUAAAAGACGAGAAGGCACAUUACAGCACAAGGGACGGGGUGAAAAUUCUGGACGCCAUUUCGAACCAAGAGGAAGCCAUCAAUGACGGUACUAUUAUGCACAGUGGCCGAAAGUCAUAUGACAACAGGGGGAUUCACAAAAGGGGAAGUAAGAACACCCCAGAGUCUUCCUACAAAGGGGGCUCUUCUCCCAAAGAACCGAUUGCUUCCAAAGUGACCCCCGUCACAUGGGAUGGAAAAAAAAACGUCAUUGGGAAGCCAGCCGACAGGAACAAGAAGAACCCUAAACAAGAGGACUCCAAAGAGAUCAGCUCAAACGAUAUAAUGAGUGGAAAAUACAGCAGGAAAUAUCACACAAGCAAGCACGACUUAGAUGCAGACACGAACAGAAAGGGGCCUGGAAAGGAGAGUAUUCUACCCAGCAUAUAUCAACAACUGUAUUAUAGAAGCGCCCAUGGAAAUGAAAAUAAAAUAGCUCCAUUUGAAGAUGAUCCAAAGAGGGGAAGACAAAUUAUAUUACAGGGAGGAAACGGAAGGGACGAGGAGUCAGAUGUCAAAAUGGAACAAACGUUAAACAGGAAAAUGAUCGAGAACAAUGAACUGAAGAAACGAAAUGAAAAUAAUGACGAAGUGUUGGCCACCCCAUUUUAUAUAAAAAGCAAAAUUGACAAAGUUCUAAAGAAUAGCGAAAUUUUCGAGCGAUCCGCAAGAGCCACCUUUCAGCAGUUCGAUGUGAAAAAUAAAAACUUUCUGCAUUUCAGCGAGAUCGAGUCACUGAUUCAGAAGCUCUGCUUCAAUUUGGAGCUCCCCCCUGUGGAUAAGAACAUCCUCUCCAUCGUCUACAAAGACUACGACAGCAGCAAGAACAACAGCAUGAACUACACCGAUUUCAGGCAGAUGUAUUGGGACCUUCUGAAGCAGAUCAAGAAAAAGUAUUACCCAACGAAAAAUUUAAAAAUAAAAAGAAACUGCAUAAUCAGCAGGAAGAAGCUGGGAGGGUAUGAUUACUCAUCGAUAUACAAUUAUCUGAGUUUUAAAAAAAUCCUGGGAUGUGGUGCCUUUGGAGAAGUACACCUUGUGGAAGAUAACAUCUGUAAGCUUUACAAAGUGGUGAAAAUAUUAAAAAAAAAAAAAUUAAAAAAUAUAAAAAUUAACGAAGAAAUUAAUGUACUCAUAUAUCUAGAUCAUCCAAACAUCAUAAAAAUAUUUGACGUUUACGAAAAUGUGGAUUGUACUUAUAUUGUCAUGGAGCUUUGCGAAGGAGGGGAACUUAUGGACAAGAUAGUCAAGUCCUCCAUUUUCAAUGAAGAAUAUAUAAAAAAUAUUAUGUUUCAAAUUCUGUGUGCCAUAGCAUAUAUGCAUAGCAACAACAUUGCCCACAAGGACUUGAAACCUGAGAAUAUUUUGUUCAAAUCCAAGGGAGAUGAUACAUUAAAGAUCAUUGAUUUUGGGCUAGCUGAAUUGAUUAAUCACACAGAGGGAGUUAGCAAAACUGCUGCAGGGACUGUCCUCUACAUGGCACCCGAAGUUUUUAAAAAAAAAUUUACCAUCAAAUGUGAUAUAUGGUCAGCUGGAGUGAUUAUGUUUUUUUUGUUCUCCAAAAAUUUGCCCUUUUGUGGGAACACCUACGACGAGAUUAAGCUCAGCAUAUUCAAGGACGAGCCUGACUACAAGAGCUUGAAGGGACGGCUGUCUCAGCCCGCGCUGCACAUGUUGAAGCUCAUGCUGGAGAAGGACUACACCCGGCGGCCCAUGGCGGCAGUGCUCCUGCACCACCCCUGGUUUCAGGGAUUCCUAGACCCAGUGCAAAUAAACCCAAGCACGCUCAGCAACAUAAAGGCCUACAUGAAGCAAUCCAACAUCAGGAACAUAAUAGUCAACAUAAUGGCCCACGAGCUCAGCGUAAUAGACAGCCACUUAAAGUACAUCAAUGAGCUCUUCUGCAAAAUAGACACCAAUCAUAACGGCUCGCUCAGUCACGGGGAAAUUUAUGCCGUGCUGGCCAAUGCGGGUAUCAAGAAGUGGGACAUCAACCGGAUCGUGCAGGCGCUGGACAUCAACGACCGGGGCAGCGUGACCUACACGGAGUUCAUCGCCGGAUGCUACCGAUGGAAGGACAUAGAAUCCACUUUCUUAAAGGCGGCCUUCAAUAAGAUCGACAAGGACGAAGAUGGCUACAUCAGCAAAAGCGACAUAGUAACGCUGGUGCAGGACAAGGUCAUCGAGAGUCACGACGUAGACAAUUUUUUCACAUCCGUGUUCCUUGUGAAGAAGGGCUUAUCUUGCGAGCGGCGCGCGAACAGGAUAAACUUCGAAGACUUUAAAGAGUACCUUUUAAGCACGUUUUAG